GCCUUAGCUAGGCGUUUUGUUCGCUGAGACGCGAGAGGCGAGCGAAGCUGACAGUGAUUUUGACAGUGAUUCCAACCCGCUUUUGUUGUUGUUGGCUUUUCGUUGUUUGGUUUUGUGUGUUGUGCGUGUAUGUGGCGGUUUUUCCCCCGUGGUACAUUUUUUUAAAUUGUUGUGCCUUUUUUUUUCCUUUUUUCAACCCUGUGAACGUUUUUUUUUGCUCCCCCCUCCCCCCGCCUCGGGGCUUCCGAAUAUGUUUUAUGACGGUUGAUUUUACACCAGGAGGUUUGUCUCCGAGGAAGACCCAGGGAACUGGAUAUCUAGCGAGAACUUCUACGGCUUCUCCAGCGCCUCGGGAAAAUGGGAGCUGCUGCAAAGUUGGCGUUCGCCGUCUUUCUUAUCUCUUGCUCUUCAGGUGCUAUACUUGGCAGAUCAGAAACUCAGGAGUGUCUUUUCUUUAAUGCUAAUUGGGAAAGAGACAGAACCAACCAGACUGGUGUUGAGCCUUGCUAUGGUGAUAAAGAUAAACGGCGACAUUGUUUUGCUACCUGGAAGAAUAUCUCUGGUUCCAUUGAAAUAGUGAAGCAAGGUUGUUGGCUGGAUGAUAUCAACUGCUAUGACAGGACUGAUUGUAUAGAAAAAAAAGACAGCCCUGAAGUAUACUUUUGUUGCUGUGAGGGCAAUAUGUGUAAUGAAAAGUUCUCUUAUUUUCCGGAGAUGGAAGUCACACAGCCCACUUCCAAUCCGGUUACACCGAAGCCACCCUAUUACAACAUCCUGCUGUAUUCCUUGGUACCACUUAUGUUAAUUGCAGGGAUUGUCAUUUGUGCAUUUUGGGUGUACAGACAUCACAAGAUGGCCUACCCUCCUGUACUUGUUCCUACUCAAGACCCAGGACCACCUCCACCUUCCCCAUUACUAGGGUUGAAGCCAUUGCAGCUGUUAGAAGUGAAAGCAAGGGGGAGAUUUGGUUGUGUCUGGAAAGCCCAGUUGCUCAAUGAAUAUGUGGCUGUUAAAAUAUUUCCGAUACAGGACAAACAAUCCUGGCAGAAUGAAUAUGAAGUCUAUAGUCUACCUGGAAUGAAGCAUGAGAACAUACUUCAGUUCAUUGGUGCAGAGAAAAGAGGCACCAGUGUGGAUGUGGACCUGUGGCUAAUCACAGCCUUUCAUGAAAAGGGCUCACUGUCAGACUUUCUUAAGGCUAAUGUGGUCUCUUGGAAUGAACUUUGUCAUAUUGCAGAAACCAUGGCUAGAGGAUUGGCAUAUUUACAUGAGGAUAUACCUGGCUUAAAAGAUGGCCACAAGCCUGCAAUAUCUCACAGGGACAUCAAAAGUAAAAAUGUGCUGUUGAAAAACAAUCUGACAGCGUGCAUUGCUGACUUUGGGUUGGCCUUAAAGUUUGAGGCUGGCAAGUCUGCAGGUGACACCCAUGGGCAGGUUGGUACCCGGAGGUAUAUGGCUCCAGAGGUGUUAGAGGGUGCUAUAAACUUCCAAAGGGACGCGUUUCUGAGGAUAGAUAUGUACGCCAUGGGAUUAGUCCUAUGGGAACUGGCUUCUCGUUGCACUGCUGCAGAUGGACCUGUAGAUGAGUACAUGUUGCCAUUUGAGGAGGAAAUUGGCCAGCAUCCAUCUCUUGAAGAUAUGCAGGAAGUUGUCGUGCAUAAAAAAAAGAGGCCCGUUUUAAGAGAUUAUUGGCAGAAACAUGCAGGAAUGGCAAUGCUCUGUGAAACGAUAGAAGAAUGUUGGGAUCAUGAUGCAGAAGCCAGGUUAUCAGCUGGAUGUGUAGGUGAAAGAAUUACUCAGAUGCAAAGACUAACAAAUAUUAUUACUACAGAGGACAUUGUAACAGUGGUCACAAUGGUGACAAAUGUUGACUUUCCUCCCAAAGAAUCUAGUCUAUGAUGGUUGCACCAUCUGUACACACUGAGAAUUGGGACUCUGAACUGGAGCUGCUAAGCUAAGGAAACUGCUUAAUUUUCUGUGUGAAAAGAGUAGAAUGCCUCCGGGACAUGUAUGAAAGCAGCCCCUUGUGGAAAGCAUGGAUCUGGGAGACUUCACUGCAUCGUUUGCAGCACAGAUAUGAAGGGGAGUCUAAGGGAAAAGCUGCAAACUGUAAAGAACUUCUGAAAAUGUACACGAAGAAUGUGGCCCUCUCCAAAUCAAGGAUCUUUUGGACCUGGCUAAUCAAGUAUUUGAAAACUGACAUCAGAUUUCUUAAUGUCUGUCAGAAGACACUAAUUCCUUAAAUGAACUACUGCUAUUUUUUUUAAAUCAAAAACUUUUCAUUUCACAUUUUAAAAAGGGUAACUUUUUAUUGCAUUUGCUGUUGUUUCUAUAAAUGACUAUUGUAAUGCCAACAUGACACAGCUUGUGAAUGUGUAGUGUGCUGCUGUUGUGUGUACAUAGUCAUCAAAGUGGGGUACAGUAAAGAGGCUUCCAAGCAUUACUUUAACCUCCCUCAACAAGGUAUACCUCAGUUCCACGGUUGCUAAAUUAUAAAAUUGAAAACACUAACAGAAUUUGAAUAAAUCAGUCCAUGUUUUAUAACAA